AGCCAAUUCAGUUGAUUUGAAUAGUUCAAAGAAGGCAGUCAGAAGAUAAAGUUCUGAAAUUUUAAAUAAAAGUGUAAAAUUGAUCAAAUUUAAGCAAAAACUCAUAAAAGCUUAAUUAAAAAAUAACAAAAUUCAUAAAAAUUCGAAAAAAUUUGAAAGUUUGUAACUCAAAAAUGAUGAAAUUCUUACUUUUCCUAAUAUUGGUGCUCAUCGCAUUGCUGAUGUUCCUUGACACAGCAGAUGCAUGCUCCGCAUCUCAAGUUUACUCAUGCUUAAGACGAGGUGGAAGCCUCAACUAUGCCACAUGUGCUUGUUCUUAGUUGAUAUUUGACUAUGAAUUUAUGUAAAGCAAGCUUUCGGAUCGAAUAUGGAAUCAAAAUACUUAAUAAUCUGCAUUUAUUUUGGC